CAGCUUGCGCGCGUGACUGUUCGUUAUGGCCGCGAGCAAAAUCGCUGACCAUGGCCAGCUUUGUGGAAGUUUCUCGAUGAGUUUGGUGCUUUUGGAGCUUUCUGCAUGGCAGGGACAAGUCUUGAAGACGGAGUUCAAAAGCACCAGAAGGUUUACAGCUUUUUAAAGCGAACACUUCCGCAAGAUCGUUACGAAGGAGUUCGACUAAUCGAGCCUUGUGUGAUUGUUACAGAUGGCUUUAACAAAACGUUUCAGUUCGCCGUGCUUGGCGAUGAAAUGCUUUACAUUACAGAAAAUCCACCAAGGUCAUUGAAAGAUAUAAAGAUCAAAUUGGAUCUAGCUUGCGUUACUUCUGUCGAGUUGGUAAGUUGGUCAAGAUCUUUCUUGUUGUUGUUUACGUAGGAAUCUGACUCUAUCAGCAGCGAUUUGUCAACUGUGUUUACAUACAGAUGAAACAUCUCUACAUCGAAGUUUCUGAGAUAUUUUCUAUCCAGAUCGUCUAGUUACUCAGAAUUUGCCCAGUUACGUUGUCGUUCUACGAAAACAAACAAGCUUGACGCAAAAUCAACAGCGCAAUUUACAUGAAAAUUGGCAAUAGGCGUUGGAUCUGACAAUUUUGAAUGGAAGUUUUAACUUGUAGCUAUCGAUUAUAAAAAAGUGUAAUCUCACAAGUAACGUUAGAUUUCAAGGAUAUGUGUUUUUACCCAUUUCCGUCAGCGAUUUUAAUUUGCUGUUUUUAAUACGUUUGAAAUCGAUCUCGAAUUAAAAUGAAAGUCAAUGCAAUAGUGUCUUCCGUUUUAACAUGUAAAAUACUUUGUGUUUUGUUUAUAUGGUCCCAAGGGAGUGCAUACUAUUCAACAUAAAUAUAGCUUAAAAUAUGUAAACCAAAUGUUUUACAGAUUCGUCCUCUUGAGAAUAAAGUGAUUUGAAAGGUACUAAUUUGAACAAAUGUUUAACAAUAUUAAUUGCCUUUGAAGUUUGUUAAACCCUGAGUGUCCAGGAACAUUUUUGACUGCUUAGCGCCUAACUUUUCUUACAAAAACUGUUGGUUAUUUUAUUGAAGUAACUCUGUUUUCCAAAUUCACGUUGUUAAAUGAGAAGAGAUUGUGGUUCACCUCCUGAAUGUUUUACUGUGCUAGCAUUUUCAUGUAUGUGAUUCGUAUUUUUUAUUAAUUAAUUUAUUUUUUUGAAGUCCAUGUUGGCUGAAUCACCCAAUUCAGUUAGUUUCUUGAGAUAUAUGGUGCUUUCAAUGAGACCUUGCGAGGUGCAUGUAUAUCCCCAGCAGGUUUUCUGUUGUGGAUUGCCAGAUUCAAUUCCACUAGACAGGAAAUGUUUUCUGCUUUUAGAUUACUUGUACUUCCUGUUGCAAUGCAGAAAACACUUAGGGCGCUUUCCAUUUGUCAGAACUGGCUGGCCGGACCAUUGCCCGACCAGUCGGUUUGAUAAUGAAAUACGCUUUUUCCGAGAGUUUUUGCCGAAUAACCAUUUCCUUGGUGCAUACUACUUAGGAUUUGACUGAUAUGGCUGGAGAAAUUUGAGUAAAAUGGAAAUUCUCAUUGCAUUGGGAAUAGUUUGGCCGCUCAGUUCUGACAAAUGGAAAGCGCCCUUAAAUUCAAACCUAGAACUUCCCUUAACACUUCUCUCUAAGAGGGACACUUUUGGGAUGGGCACUAGGUGUCCAUCUUGGAUAAUUAAGAAAGAGUUAAUUAAGGAAAGUAAAGAAAGGCAGGGACCAUCUCUAGGUGUCUGUUUUACCGAGCUGCCUGUCUUUUAGAGAUGUCUGUUAAGAGAGAGUCGCCUGUAGUAAAAAAUAAAGCAUUUUAUUUUUUGGAAUUUUGCCUGUCAGAUUCAUGAUGUUGCUGAGUUUCUCGGAGGAGACUUGAAAACAAAGAACCAGCAUAUCUUGGUAGAGUAUAAAAAGAUUUGCAAGCCGUCAUUGUCAUCUCCAUCGUCAAUCCAGUCAGUGAGUGUUCCUUUCAAUGAGAACAGCUUGUCAUCCAGGCUAGCUCUCCAAGCAUCCAUCCUCAGUACUUCUCCAGUUUUAAGAGUUAAAAGCUUUGAACAUGAUAAUGGUAAAUCUCCUGUUUUUCAAACAAAAGAAUCUAUGGUCAGAGUUGAAAGCCAACCAUGCACAAAGCAUUCACUUACCGUUCAAAGUAGAUUUCACUUGAGUGCUUCAGAUUCGGAUCUGAGAAACAUAGGACUUGCAGGUAAUGUGAAAGGGUAUUCUGGAUCAGUGGGUAACAUGAAGGCAAGCAUUGGGUCACCAAAUAGCCGACGCCCUCUUCCUCCUCCACCACCUGGUCAUGAAUCUCUAGUCACUCAGUCCAAUUCAAAUCAUAGAUACAGAGCAGGAAGUGUGGAUCAGGCACAUAGAAAAAGACCUUCAACACCGCGACAGAGGAGAAAGCAAAGUGACAAGGACUUGUACGAUUUAGACUCAAGCUCAAGUAGCACUGAACUUGAAGUUUCAUUUAACAGUUUUCAAAGACAGCACUCUGCAGAUUUCUCUAGUCUCUAUCGUCCACAAUCACCGCGAGCACCGUCUCCAUAUGACAGCUCAAGCCGGUUUCGAAGUUAUAGUAAUGAAUCAACGGAAGAGCUAGACAACUCUGAUGAUGAUAGCAAUGCACAUACUACUGAAAAUGUUGAAGUGACAGAACUUCAUUUAUACAUUCUAACGGAAAAUUCACCCAUGUUUAUUCACCUAAGAAGUACAUGGAAUAAUUGCAUUUUGGUAAGGUUUUCCAUUUUGUCUGUAAUUCAGGAAGAUACAGUUUAUGGGCACAAAUUGAGCCCAGAGCGUGGCCCCUGAACGGCCCAUUAGCACUACACAAGAAAGAACAAGGGAGGGAAGGGAGUGAAUCCCAUACAUGUCCCCCUUCCUAGGAAAUCAAUUUUUUAUACCAUACAUCCUCUAUUAAGCCCCCGCUCUCAAAUAAGCCCCCUCCCUCUUAUAAUACACGUAUUAAUAAGCCCCUCUCCCCUCCCCUCCCCUCCCUUAAUAAUUCUUCACUAAUAAAUGACAGACUGUAUUAAUUAAUCAUGACUGUAAAACUUUGUGUGGAAUAAUCCAGGAUGGGUUAUUUACCAAGUGGAAGUUUGGAGUUGAUUCUGAUCCUCGGCUGCAUGACCUAAAAGGUCUUUACUUGAACUUUUCCUCUCUGUAUUCUAGUUCUUUAUGUAGAACUGAUACUAUUGUCAUCCCUCUCAAAUAAGCCCCCCAUGUCUAUUAAUCCCUCCUCAAAUGGGCUUUAAAUAAAUAAGCCCCUCGUGGGGCUCAGAUAGAGGACUUAUGGUAGUGAUUUUAAGACAACAGUCCUUAUUAGUACAUUUCCUUAAGAAAUAUUCGCAAUGCAAAUUGCAAUGUGGAAAAUAUGUUAAUUAGCCCAUAUAUUCUGUGAGGCAGUGAUUAAUUUAGCCUUGCAUACUUCAAAAUGUAUUUUAUUUUUAGUAUAUUGCAGUGAAUUUUCAGUAUGUACUAUGGUCUUCCAAUAUUCAAAACUAGCAUUUUUGUAACUUGUUUCGAAAAUGAGCAAGUGAGUAGAUAUUUGCCUUGAAUGAGAGCUUCUCAGUAUAAUUUAUUUCUUUUUGUCAAGCGAUUUAUAAAUUUUCCCAUUUUUUUUGUACAUCACAUUUCUUGAGUACCACAUAAAAAAAUUAUCAAUUCUCUUUUCUCUACAGAAAUCUACUCUGUAUUUUGACCGUCAAAGAUCAUCACCAGCUACCUCACCCACAGUGCCUUCUAACAAAGUGGACAAGUAGGUCUCACAUUGAUUUACAUCAAUACAAUAAUAAAAAUUAUUAGUGUUUUGUGGCUCAGUAACAAUAACCUUAUAUAGCAAUGACUUACAGGGGUGGAUCCAUGAAAUUUUGAUUGGGAAGGGGGGGGGUCCAAGUUUUGGUUCAGAAAGUACUGUUAAACUUUUUUGUGGCAAAUUACUUCUCACAGAGACAACCACAUGUUUCUCAAUCUGUGAACACCGGUCGCCUGCAUUGGUGUGGGAAAUACUGCUUUGCAAGCAGAGGUGAACAGAUCAUAGGAUGGUACCCAAAAACAAUUACAUUUUCUAAUAACCCUGGAAUUUAGUUUAGUGGCAAACUGCAACAGGUGUUUCAAAAAUCAGCCAGUUAAAAAGUGAUGUUCAACCGUGUUGAUGUAAGAAUUUCAGUCUCAAACAAGCGUCAGGUCUGAUUGGGGAGGGGAUCCGGACCCCCGGACCCUCCCCUUGGAUUGGCUACCAACUUGCAAUGUCAGGGGAACGCACUCUUUCUAAUGGGUUCCAAAAGUCCUUUUCUGUCGGCAAGUCAUCUGUAGAAUGUGUUCUACGUACCUCCAAGGAAAUAGGUACGAAACAGGAAGGGUACAGAAUGCAUUCUGUCUCCAAACAAAUGGGUGCAAAAUGGGUAGGGAUGGGUAUGGGAUUUGGGUAUAGGACAGGUAUACAACAGAUACAGAACAGAUGAUGGAAUGGAAACUAAACAGGUGUGAAACUUUUCAUUUGCUUUCAGAGCCCACAGUUAAUUUUGGAAAUAACCACAGCCUACAGAUUAGUUAAUAGUUAUCUCUUAGUAGAUAAGAGACUUAUAUCUAGAGCAAUGUUAAACUGUGUUUCGUGUGACAGUGUGUUUGUUAAGAUUUUCUUCAAAGUAAUGUUUAAUAAAACAAUAUUAUUAGAUUUGGUUUAAGGGUUAGUAGAUUUUGUUAAGUGUUAUUAAAUUCAGCCACGGCUAAUAACAGUUACCUCACCCUUGAUUUUUCCUCACAAAAACCUCACUCAACAACUGUUGUCUAUUAUUAUUCUAAUCAGACUAUUUUUCCAAGCUGCUGUUUUUUUCCUGUUGUUUUUUUUUUCUUGUAGUUCUCAGUUGCUUCUCCUGUUCAAUCAACUGAAAACUGAAAUUCUACACUCUCACAUCAUGGAAAAGACAUUUGUACUUAUCCAGGAGCUACAGACAGCUGCAGAAAAGAGCUUUAACCUUAAAAAAUAUUUCUGGAAGGUAUGUUGUCCCUCAAUAGUCUACAAACAGUCUACGAACCACGGUUGCACAAUUUCGGUAAUAGCACAUCAUUCAUCCAAUUAAAUGACUCACAUUUUUCUGUUUUACAAUAACUGAGUGAAUCCUCGCACACUGAUGGUCCAGAGCUAUAUUCUGUGAGAGUAUAGACGAUAGAAAUUACAUAACAUGUCAUGCAUGAUUUUCCAAGAAACUUCGCAGGAAACUAAAAAUAAAAUAAUGUUAUUGUAAAAAACAAAUUGACCACAAUUUUCCAUAUGGUCUGCACUCUUACAGACCAUAGAAAUGACGCCAUAAAAUGUUCAAAACUUUGCAGUGAAACCACUCGCCGGCGCUCUCAAGUUUUAAACAUUUUAUGACAUCAUUUCUUUGGUCUAUAAGACUGCAGACCAUGGAAAAUUGUGGUCGAUUUGUUAAUUGUCUCACCUAAAAAUUAAUAGUUACUUGGUGGGACAUACAUGUACAGUAAUUAUGCUAUUCAAGGAAGAAAAUUCACAUGCUGUUUUGGUGUGAAUUCAAAGUUAAUUGUUUUUCUUGUCUUUUUCUGAAAUCGUUUAGGGUUAAUUUGCAAUUAAAGAUGCAAUUACCAGUGGCAUGAUCAUAUCUGUUCAUUUAAAUUUGUAUUUCCACAGUUCACAUCAUCUCCAUUCCAAGUACCAUUUUUAAUCAUGUAGUGAUAAACACUUUUUUUCAUUUUCAGUCUUCAGAUCUCUUUCUGUUCAUGGUCGGCCAACUUCAGAAAUAUAUGCCCCAUUCGCCGAGGCGUUCCGCAUCUCGAAGAAAAGGAAGCAACAGAGAAGAUGAACUUGAGUAAGUGUUUAUGUGACGGAAGUCAACAUGUACAAGAGAGAAUAGCUCUUAUGCGUGUUUACGUCAAAUGAGCAAAUUUCACCACCAAGCCGCGUAUUGAAAUUGUAAAGUUGCGAAGUUUGCGUAAAAGAAUUCCCAAGGCAGCAACUUUGAAAAGAAUAUCCAUGCACAAAGAGUGCAAAUGCAGAGUAUUUUCCUUGCAAAUGAGGCUUGGUGGUGAAAUUUGCUCGUCUGACAUUGCCAUGCAUAAGGGCCAUUUGAUGCAAUAUACCAGCACUAAUCAAUUUAUUGCCGGUUUUUCAUCAGUUUUAAGUUAAAUCCGUUGAAACCAAUGUAAGCAAAGGUCUCUCACGAAGACAGGAAACUGAGAGGAAGGACAGAUUCUCUUUUCUUCCUCUCAUUUUUCUCUUGCCAUGAGAGACCUGUUUUUAGCAGGGAAACCUCAACCGACUGUAACAUACAACUUACUGUACCGUGUGGAGCCACACCCCUUUGUACCACUUGUGACGUCAUCAGUUUAGACCGGUAUCUUCGAUGCCUAAAGGUGAUGUUACACGGGCCGAUCCGCAACGACGAUUUUUAGUACAACACUGCGUUGCAAUGUUGGAAGGAAUCAUGUUGCAACUAUUCAAAACAAUGACGCAACAAUGUUGCUUGGCUGUGUUGCGCUAAAAAUCGUCUCGUGCCACAUCACCUUAAACAUCCAUAUCUGAAUCGAUGUGCGCGAUUCUGUCAAAUAGGCUAGAGACAUUUGCACAAAAAAUAUGCCGUUGCUUUGAAUGGAAUCAUCUUGCCGCACUAACUUUUCUGAAAAUAUUUUGGGGAUCCUUAACGUUUUCGUUAAAAAAUCUUGCCACAGUCAAAAAGGAAGGAAAAAGAACAUCUAAAAAGAUAUUCAAAAAGACGAAGAAGAAGAAUAUAGGCGAAGAAAACAGGCCAAAACGAAAGAUAAAAGUCAAGCUUGCAGUGUAACUUUCUUACCCACAAACGUUUCUCUGCAUGCCUCAGUUUAGAAAGCACAUGCAUUAGGAACAAAAACCAACAUAUUGCCGCACUUAUAAAGAACAUUUUUGAUAAUUUGGGCUCUCUUUUGGCCGGAAAAGUGACCAGAACUGAAACGGCUUGACUCGCUUCACGCGGCAUUGUUUAGCAAAAUUUUCUAGGGGCAAGCGGGUUAAGUUAUUUUGUUCAAAUCCAUCAUUUUAUUUUUAUCAUCAUUAUUAUAGUUUUACUGACAUGACAUGCUGUUUUGUUUACUCUCAGCUUUGUUGUAGUGCUGUUACAGACGUUUGUUUGUUUGUUUCGAGAAACAGAUGUCCUAUCCACAAGACUGAUGGUCAUUAAAGAUAACAAGUAAGUUGUUUACNAGGAAAAAGAACAUCUAAAAAGAUAUUCAAAAAGACGAAGAAGAAGAAUAUAGGCGAAGAAAACAGGCCAAAACGAAAGAUAAAAGUCAAGCUUGCAGUGUAACUUUCUUACCCACAAACGUUUCUCUGCAUGCCUCAGUUUAGAAAGCACAUGCAUUAGGAACAAAAACCAACAUAUUGCCGCACUUAUAAAGAACAUUUUUGAUAAUUUGGGCUCUCUUUUGGCCGGAAAAGUGACCAGAACUGAAACGGCUUGACUCGCUUCACGCGGCAUUGUUUAGCAAAAUUUUCUAGGGGCAAGCGGGUUAAGUUAUUUUGUUCAAAUCCAUCAUUUUAUUUUUAUCAUCAUUAUUAUAGUUUUACUGACAUGACAUGCUGUUUUGUUUACUCUCAGCUUUGUUGUAGUGCUGUUACAGACGUUUGUUUGUUUGUUUCGAGAAACAGAUGUCCUAUCCACAAGACUGAUGGUCAUUAAAGAUAACAAGUAAGUUGUUUACCCGACAUUUUUCAUUUGCAACAUUAGGGCCAUUUAUACAGGGGAAGUAAGACACGUCUAAUAUAAGGCGCGUCUCAAUUGCAACAUUUGUAGAUGAGUUGAAAUGCGUCUUCGCCAAGUCGCGGUUUUGUAGGACGUAAAGGCAAUUUUUGUGCUAUUUAAAUGAGGCGUCCGCGUCCUACUUAUUUCCUUGUAUAAUUAGCCCUACUUUUUUUCAUUACUAGAAAGCUAAAAUGUCGACAUUUAUGAAAUUUAAAAAGGGAAAUAAUAUAUUUAACAAUUAUUCUUUAAAAUCGAGGUGAAUAGUGGCUAAAUUUAUUCAAAGAGCUGCGAAGCGGCAAGUUAAAUACGGACACCUCUAUAAUACGGACACCUCUCUGUAACGGACAGUUUGUUUGGUCCCAGAAAUGCCAAAAAUCAUACAUUCCCUACUCCUAUAAUACGGACACCUCUGUAAAGCGGACACUUGCUUCUGUCCCUCUGGUGUUCGUAUUAAAGAGGUUUGACUGUAUUUUGCGAUAACCCGAGUUCGAUAUUGUUUUAUCAUUCGAUCACCGAGUUUGUUUUUUAAUGAAUAUCUUCGGGAAAGGAAGCGUUCUGCCAUUUUUCACACAAGAGCGAUUCCAAGAAGGAGAAAAUCGUGGUUUCAUUUACCGAUUAGCAGAAUAUUAUUUGCAGCCAAACACUUAAGCCAAACACAGUUGGACGACAUUGCGCAUGAGCAGACCAUUAUUUGUAGGCAUUUAUUUGCAGGUCACGUGGUGGGCUCUCGGCCAGUGAAAAGGAAGAAAAAUUUGCAUCGAAUGCUAAUGUAAUAUUUUUCUUUUCAGGGGUCGUGCAAUUAAAGACCUUUUAAAGACCCUCAUCAUUCAUCCAUUAACCACAGUCACCCCAACAGGAAUGUCUAACAUCUCACCCGCUGCACAGCUGCUGCUUUCAGGAGCUGACAGAAACAUGUUCACAGUCGGUGAAGGAGAUGACGAGGUUUUAAGAACUUGUUCAUUUUGAUAAAGCUUAAUAUACACAUACGAAAAGUUGAUUAUUCUUUGACGUGAAACCGUGGAUAAUAGAAGGACUGAUAAAUAUCCAUGGUGAAACUUAACUCCGUUCGACACAGACAGGAAGCCUUGAGCGAACUUGUUUCUUUAAAACAUAAACUUGAGUCCUUGAAACGCAAACUUGAUUCGUUUCUUCCGAUAACAGUGAGAACGAAACGAAAAAAAAAGAAAGCAGUACAAAGUAGCCGCCAAACUGGUUAAGGCAAAUGGUUGGCUUACAUACGAACGUUUUCCUUUUUCGCUACCUCGCUUCUUUUUGAGCUGAUUUGUGUUGUUUUUGUUGAGCUUAAAAUUACAAAGAGAGGAUAUUAAUUUUCGAAUUCCCGAAUACGAAGGUUUGCUAUGAAAAAACUAACUUAAUAUUACCCUGGAAACGUCUGGUUAGAUGAAGGCUAAUACAUGUACUUCAAGGACGAUCAAGUUUUGUACUGGGACUCCUUGUCAGUUCUGAACUGAGACUAACCAUUGCAAUUUCAAAUAACUUCACUGCAGAAAUUUAAACGUUUUGAGAUUAAUGAGACCUGCUCUAAAGAACAUGCAAUAACAAGUACGUAAAAAUAAAAAAAAACUGAAAAAAUAAUGACACCUUAAUUUCUGUUUUUGUGUUUUUUCUCAUUUUCCUCUGACUGGUUUUAGACGAACAAGCUGUUGACAGAAAUUCUGGACAGUGCUACCUCGCUUCUUUUUGAGCUGAUUUGUGUCGUCCAUCAGGUAAAUAAAAAAGUUUUUAUCGUCAAACUGGCAUUAAAUGGAUUCAGGAUACUUAGUUAUGCAGACUGGGGCAUGUGGUGCUGUUUGAAAUAAGCCGUUCUCUUGGAAAGCGCGCGCGCAAAUCCGCGCUGGAACGAGCGACGAAGAAUGGGGAAAUUUCCUGCGGCUUCCGUGCUCAUUCUGGCGUUCUCUCGCCAACAAAAUCGCCAGCUACGCUCCAGUUAUUUAUUUUCCCGUAAUUAUUCUGAUAUAAGUAAUUGAGAUGCACCUAACUCAUGGAAAUUUUUCCUUUCAGGCCAACUGCUUUUCAGUUGAAGACAAUGUUCUAAAUAUCUUCUGGCUUAUGAAGAUUCUCGAAGUUCAAGACCAAACAGUAAGUGUCAGUUAUGAAAUGUUUAGAGUUGAUCAUCACUUCUUUUAGUGACCAAAAUGAAAAGGUGGGGAAAAUCACAAGUUUCACUUUGAACAAUGUUAAAGAAAUGUGAAAGCAUCAUAUGUAAGUACUGCUGAAAAGGGUUCAUCUCGAUAGUCACACUACUCUAGCCUGGGCGCAAGCUCUCUAUCAAUUGGGGGAUACUGAAUUCACGCGCGAGAGGUACGCGAAAGGAGAGGGAGAAGAGUGAGGGGCGGGGAAAGAACCUUUUGUCCGCGCGCGAUAUAUCGCGGAUGGCUUCGCUUGCCUUUCAAAAUGGAGAGCUUGCUCGCUGGCUUUAGUCACACCAUAGUAUGUCAUGUAGUCAGAACCUCUGUUUUUGUCUCCAAAAUGACGUUUACAGUUGGAAAGAGUCCAAAAGCUGAAGAUAGACCGGCCAUACCUCUAGUCGCGCUAAUAAAGUCAUCGUCUAUGAUUUGUCUCUCGAUAAUGUAAGCCGUUGUAUUGAUUAUAACAACUGUCAGUGUGAGCAUUGAUGAUGGAAGUACACGGCAAAUACAAAAUAAGAUCAAUCUAAGGGAGGUUUUGUGAGCCCGCGAGACUGAGCAGCCCCCACAAAACCUUAUUUUCACUAAAACCACUGGACACAAAACCCCCACCGCAACCGCAGUACUCAAGUCGUAAACAACUGAAGUGAGAGAAAAAUUUGUCGCGAACCCUCUUGAAACUCGGUGUGCGGUACCCAAAUUUAUUUGCAGUAGUGGUCGUCAGUUUAAGCAGGGUUUUACAAUGCUGGUCGUAACUUGAAAUAAUUGUGUGGUCGUCAGUUCGCUCGACUGUAGACAUUACUCAGGUUUCAGUACUGUCAACUUUAUUCUGAAAUUCACGCGUCGAUAUCGCACCCUAUUCUUCAUUUCUACAUGGGUUUAGAGGAGAUUCGCUGCAAAAGAAAACCAAGUUUCGACAUGAAAAAUCGAAAUACAGGUACUUACACUAACGUGAAAAAUUUUGUCGAGUUCAGUUCAAUUCACGAAUCUUUUCAAUUUUCUUCUACAUCGCAAGUGCCAGAAAAACAAUUUCUAAAUCUCGCGUUUUAGCUUAAACUUAGUCCUAUGGGAAUAAAAAAAGGGCGCUUGCAAAAGGAAACCGAUUUGAUGUUUAACAAGUUGUGUAUAACAACGCAAAUGAAAGCACCCGGUAGUAUGGCGACAAGAAGAAAAAAAGGUUCGGGUUUCUGAAAGGAGACUCGGAAUUCUUCUGAUCGUUUUCUUUUUUAUUCAUUUUUCAGAAGCCCUUUGUUGAGCGAGUAAUGGACAGAGUCACUUUACUAGUUUCAUCGACAGAGAGAUCUUUAUCUCCUUCAAAAGCUGUUCUCCUUUAUAAACAACUGUACGUGUUAAAGAACUUUCUGGAGUACAGUACAGUAGUAGCAAACCACAUACGAGUUGGAUAUGCUGAAGAGUUUAGGUGAGUAAAAAUUGUCUUGAAAGAAGUGUUGGGGGUUUUUAGACGCAUUUGAUUAAAAACAGGUUUGCCUACAAUAAGAAUUCGAAGUAAAUGAUAACCAACGGCCUCAAUACAUGAGCAUUCAAAGCAUAACCUAAUUAUCAACAAGCUAAUACUUUAGAGAACAGAAAUCAAUUCUUUUCUAAUGCUACGCAACUGAAGAGAAUUUUCAAUGCUUUUGAGACCUAUAGCCUGCCCUGAAAGCUUGCCCUAGAAGAUUUCGUUCCGUUGUUGGACAUAAGGAGUUUUCCACUUUCGAAGGGUUCCCACUCUCUCCUCCCUUGUUUCUCUUUUUAGGUUUUGCUGCAAGUAAAACGUCCCUUUUUUUCAUCCUCCCCUUCACCUACCCCUCCCCAAAGAGAUGCUUUCAAAGCAGGAUAUAAUAUAGUUUGUUGUUCUUGAUGGUUCUACCUUCACUAUCGGCAACGUUGAUACUUGACAGCUGAAUUUAACGAACCUCUAUAUAACGAAUAUUCCAAUCUACUCAAACAAAUAGAUCCAAAUCGUUGUUAUUAAGUUAUACAUUGGUAGGAGCUAACUACAAUCGUGGACAAAAGUCUUGGGACACUUUUGCGUUCUUGGGAUGUUUUCCAAUUCAGAGAGGUCCAGCCCCUCCCCUCACCCCAAAAACAAUGUUAGACGCGUGUAUCCAGAAUUUUUUCCGAGUUUCAACUUUGUAUAGGGUGGAGGGAUAGAGAACAGCAAGAAAAUUUCGAUAAGGACUGAUGUACAGAAAAAUAUAAAUAUUACUUUCCUGUCCCAAGGACUUUUGUCCAAGAUUGUAGUAAUAGGCGGCUGACAUAGGUAAAUUCUAGUUGCACCCAUCCUUUCCCCCCGGGCUAACCCCUGACAUUACAUUUCUUCUUUAGAUGGGAAAUUCCCUGAUAUUGGGACACUUCAGCUACCAAAUGCCCCUCGGUGGAGACGAAGGAGGAGGACAAAUGCCCUGCCUCUCGGAUCCUCCCCACUCAACACUGCAUCAGUUUUCGCUAUUCAUUAGUUGUGCUUUUAUAAGCAAUUAAGGCAUGCAUUAAAUCUAAAGAAUUCACUAGGAAUGUCCAAUUCUUUUCGACUUACAACCCAAUCUGCGACGAAAUGCUGAUCCUGUCCGAUAAGGUCCACCGUGUUUGGAUUUCGAGUCGGAAACCACUUGUGUGCCAAAACCCCGGGGAUAGCCCUGGGUUAAGCAAAAGCCCGUCCCCUAGGGCACGCUAAUGUCCAGGGACUGACGAGGCAUUCGAAUGUCCUGCAGUUGCCCGGGAGUAACGGGCGCGGCUGGAAUUGACUGAAGCGCUACCACGGUUACUUUAAUAUCUGUUGUUAUUGUUUUUUCAGGUAUUACAUCCGAGAGCCAGUUGUAAAAAAGAAACUCCCUUGCAAAUUUCCUCUCACGAAGCCAACAUUAGAACUGCUGGAAAAAGUUACAAAUUACGUUUUAAACAAGUCAAUGAUCAAGCAACCGUCAUUUAGAUAGUACAAAAGUAAUUCUUAGAAUAUUUCAAAGUAUUUAAUACAAG